GACCCGAGCGUCCGCAGGUCUCCGGCCUAGGGCGACGCCCCCCGCCCCGCGGCUUGUUGUGUUGUCAUCACGUGGCCCGGGCGGGCCCUGACGUCAGGGCGGGGGAGGGACUGCGCAGGCGCAGAAAAGGGGGCGGGGGACUCGGCUUGUUGUGUUGCUGCCGGAGAACCGGAGACGGUCCUGCUGCGGCCGUAGCUUGCCAGUCUCCCGGCCAUGUCGUCCCACUUAGUCGAGCCGCCGCCGCCCCUGCACAAUAACAACAACAACUGCGAGGAAGGGGAGCAGCCUUUGCCCCCGCCAGGCGGCCUUAACAGUUCCUGGGUGGAGCUACCGAUGAACAGCAGCAAUGGCAAUGAUAAUGGCAAUGGGAAAAAUGGGGGACUGGAACACGUACCGUCCUCAUCCUCCAUCCACAAUGGAGACAUGGAGAAGAUUCUUUUGGAUGCACAACAUGAAUCAGGACAGAGUAGUUCAAGAGGCAGUUCUCACUGUGACAGCCCUUCCCCGCAAGAAGAUGGGCAGAUCAUGUUUGAUGUGGAAAUGCACACCAGCAGGGACCACAGCUCUCAGUCAGAAGAAGAAGUUGUAGAAGGAGAGAAGGAAGUUGAGGCUAUGAAGAAAAGUGCAGAUUGGGUAUCAGACUGGUCCAGUAGACCUGAGAACAUUCCACCCAAGGAGUUCCACUUCAGGCACCCUAAACGUUCUGUGUCUUUAAGCAUGAGGAAAAGUGGAGCCAUGAAGAAAGGGGGUAUUUUCUCUGCAGAAUUUCUGAAGGUGUUCAUUCCAUCUCUCUUCCUGUCUCAUGUUUUGGCUUUGGGGCUAGGCAUCUAUAUUGGAAAACGACUGAGCACACCUUCUGCCAGCACCUACUGAGGGAAAGAAAAGCCCUGGAAAUGCGUGUGACCUGUGAAGUGGUGUAUUGUCACAGUAGUUUAUUUGAAUUUGAGACCAUUGUAAGCAUGACCCAACCUACCACCCUAUUUUUACAUAUCCAAUUCCAGUAACUCUCAAAUCCAGUAUUUUAUUCAAACUCUGUUGAGGCAUUUUACUAACCCUAUUCCCUUUUUGGCCUGUAAGACACCUUAGAAUUUCCUAACAGAGUUUAUUGUUGUUUAGAAAUUUGCAAGGGCUUCUUUUCCGUAAAUGCCACCAGCAGAUUAUAAUUUUGUCAACAAUGCUAUUAUCUCCAGUUAGUACCCCAGACUUAGACCUGUAUCAUUCAUGGCAUAAAUUCUAUUCUUGCAACAUAACUAUCAUCUUGCCCUUAAAAUGAGAUCAGGUUAGCAAAUGAUAUAAAAAAGCUUUGGUUUUUUUUUUUUUUAAGACAAAGGCAAGCUUCCCUAAGCUUGAAUUUAUAGUUAUUAAAAAUAAAACAAAAACAAAAAAAAAAGCAAGACAUAGAAAAAAAUAUCCUGGGCAAUAAAAAAAAUUAUUUUAAACCAGCUUUGGAGCCACUUUUUUGUCUAAGCCUCCUUGUAGCGCCUUUUAAUUUAUAGGAGGCAAGCUGUAUAAAUGAUAGGUAUGAAAUAGGAUAAGAACUAAAAUACAUCAGCAGAUUUUAAUACUAGUAUGUUGUAAUGCUGUCUUUUCUAUGGUGUAGAAUCUUUCUUCUGAUAAGGAAUGUCUCAGGCCUAGAAAUAUAUGAAAUUGCUUUUGAGAUUUUUGUGUGUGUGUUUGGUAUUUUUACGUUUAUUAGCUGCAUGUGAAUUUUUCAUGACUUUCUUUAAACUUUUUUUAUUUCUUCAUUUUUUCUUUUAAGAAGAGGCUUUUCCAAUUUGUGAUGUUAAUACAGGCUUCUUGUUUUAGGAAGCAUCACUUAUACUCUGAAGCCUUUAAACUCUGAAGAUAAUUGUUUCAGAGUUAUUCCAAGCACUUGUGCAACUUUGGAAAACAGACUUGGGUGGUGGGAACAGCUGACAAGGUUCUGAAAAGAUGCCAUUUGUUUCCUUCCAGUCUCUCACUUAUUGGUGUUUGCUCUACAGUCUUCCCAAGGUGAUUCCGGUGGUCCUGCGGAAACUGCUGGUUUUCUUAUGUAGCUGUCUUUUCAGUUAUAUUAAACUCUUGAAAUUCCAGAACACUCAACAAAUUCCUUCAAUUAUAUACUUCUUUAUUUCUCAAAUGUGAAGCUUUAGGACCAAAUUAUUAGAAAGCAUCAGGAUUACCAGUUAUCUCAAGUAGAUUUUAUUGGCAUUCAGAACACAUGGCAUGACUCUGAAGGACACUACUAUAUGUUUUAUAUAUAAAUAAUUACUGUUUAUGGUAUAGACAUUGCUAUUGAAUAUUUAGAAAAGCAUUGUUAAUUUUAAAACUAGCAAUGUAUAAAGUGCAUCAGGUUGACUUGAAUAAAAACACUAUGACAACCAAGUUUGCCAGUUUGCAGAAACUAUUUAACUCUUCUCUCUGACAUCAAGGUUUGUAACAUUGAUGUUAUAGUGGAAAGUAACAUACAGAUUAAACAACAAAAAAUUUUCUAUCUUUUUUCAAGAGUAUAGCUGGCUAUCUUUAAGAAAGAUGAUAUAUCCAAAGUAGUUUUCUGAGGUUUAUUUUUCCCUCUAGCAUUUGAUGUCUAAAUAAUUUUGGAUAUCUUUUUAUUAUACCUUGUUUCUGUCUUACUCUUGAAACUGGUAACACUUGAUUUGCCUUCUAUAACCUAUUUAUUUCAAGUGUUCAUAUAUGAAUUUCUUUAGGGAGAAAGGAAACCUGAUGGCCCACUGAUUUUGAAAAUCCUGAAUAAAGUUGGAAAGGCUAAUGAAGUUAGGAGAACUAAAUAGCUAAACUGCUACAGUAUACAAUUUGUAUUACAAUUGGCAUCAUGGGAGGGAAAAGUAAAAUUACACUUUAAAUAAAAGCAGCUUUUUACAAGCAGCACAUUGCGCUCUUUCCAAAUUCAGUAGCAAUUCUAUCAGUAGUACAAUUGAACUUGGGUAUAUUUCCUUCUUUCAACAUUGAAAAUAAGUUUAGCUUUUCCCUUAAAGUGUCUGUGAAAUUAUGGAAUAUUACUUAAAACACGAAUAUAUCAUGACAGUAGAACUUACUGUACGAUGAGAUCAUGCAGUAUUUAUUGAUAGCCCUAACAUAUGGGUUGGAUGUUUUUGUUCCUGCUUAGCUUUGCGUUGAACGGAAACAGAUUGUAUGAUUGGAAAGGAGAAUUCAACAAUUUAACAGUUGAAAUUUUAAGAUUAAUGUUUAAAAAGCUUUACACCUGUUUACAAUUUGGGGACAAAAAGGCAGGCUUCAUUUUUCAUAUGUUUCAUGAAAACUAGCUUAAUAUAUUUGUAAAUAGAAUCAAAAGCAAAACUGCACAAACUUGCACAGUGAAAAGUGCAACAAGUUCCCUUGAUUGCAGUAAAAAUAUUUAUUCUAAAAAAAUGAAAAUCCAAGACUUAGCCAGUCAGAUGAAUUUUUAAAUGAUCCAGUUGUAGAAAUUAUCGGAAUUAACUGAGCCAAAGUGAUUAUGCAUUCUCCAUCUAUUUCGUUAGCACUUUGUAUCAUCAUAUACAGUUUACAAUACAUGUAUAACCUGUAGCUAUAAACAUUUGUGCCAUUAAAGCUCUCACAAAACCUUU